AUGUGGCACUCCACCUCAUUCAAGUUUUGGAGGUGUUUGUUUGUUAUAAGAAAGAGGCAGAGAGAUCGAAGAGAGGGGAAAACGGCGCCUCUUCACUCCAUCUUGAUUGCUCCUUCUCCCAGACCGUUAUCCGCACAACAACGCACCGUAACCCUUCGUUCUUCAUUCUCUCUACACCGUACAUUCACCAUCCCGUUAUCUUCACCGUCUUCAACUCACCGUGAAACUUCCUACGCCACUGAUUCGUCACGAAGCAUCAAUAAAAGCAACAGCUCGAUAUCGACUCAACUUCACCGCCAUCACGCAUCCGCAUUCAUCUCUGUUCGUGACAACUCCGCUUCUGUUCGUUCUCAAGACGGAUCAAGUAGCCGCUUCCGCUUCACAACUUUUAUUCGCUUUUAA